ACGAGUCCUUCAAAGGAAACAGCCCUUCCUUUGAAUCUACCGAGAGAAAUACUUUCUCUCAAAGUGUCUAAGAACACGAAUACACUCAAGAACGAGGCUCUCUUAUAGAGUAGAUUAUGAGUAAACUAAGUACGCUCAAGAACAACUCAACCUUCACACAAAAUGGCUCUAGAAAGCUAUGGAAAAUGAUGAUAUUUGAAUGCAAUGAAAUAAGAAGAGAAAAGAAGAGUCUAGGCAUCGGCGUCCUCGUCGUCCUCGACGUCCAUGGGAUCGUCGUCGACCGCAUCUUCAAAGUCGGCUUCGUCGGGGGAGGAGGACGGAGCAUAGGAGUUAUCCUCUUCGUCCUCGCCUUCAUAGUUUUUGCCAAGGAAGGUGGUGUCAAAGGGCGGCGGGACGUAGUUGAUGCCGCGGAAGAACGCCGUCAUGUCGUGAGUAUCGGCUAUGGAUUGCAAAGAGGCCUUGGCGGGAGCGGGGGCUGUUGCACGACUUGGGCCUGCGCCGUCCCGGUCUCCGGACUUCUUCCGGAAGGUGCUGUCUUGAAUGAUUCAAAUCUUCGUCAUCUUCGUAUCCGGGCCGGCGAUGGAGAUGUCGGCGGAGAUGAUGAGGUGCAUGACGAGGAAGGCGUAUGGCAAGCUCCGCUCAGUGGCGAUGGAGGCGCAAUCCGCCAUGUGGAUCAUCACGAAUUUCGCCCAAUUGAUGGAGGCGCCGUGGAUGAUGGCGUGAAUCGCCUUCAAGUCCUCGUUGAAGAGCGAGGUAUGGCUGCUAUCCCGGGGGCGGAGAAUCUGGGUGAUGAUGUAGAGGAGGAGGCGCUUGUCCGGUGGGGCCGAGUGGAUCAUCGGCGCGCCGCUGUGGCGGAUCAAGUUAGUGAUCCCAAGCUCACGAAUGACUACCGCCUCGUUGUUGAGGAUCCAAUUGUCGCCACCAUAAGUCGCGAUGUCGUCACCGCGGAUGGGCAGCCCUGUGACCCGAGCAAAGGUAGGCAAAUCAAUCUCUAUGUCGUAAAGAUUGAUGCUGCUGCGUAUGGUGUCCCCGUCACGGCGGAGAUUAGAGUAGAAGGCCCGGACGAAGGUGGGAUUGAAGCUCGAGCGGCUCUUGGAGACGAAUGGCCACAAACCCGACGCUUGGAGUUGGUUGUCGAGGUCGUGGUACCCUUUGUCUUGGGGAAACAACUCCGGGAGCACGUGAGGCGGAGAGAUCGGACGCUUGGCGAAGCUAGAGUCAUGUCGUCCUCUGAUAGCCAAAAUGUGUCCGGUCAGUCUUAUGGAUCAGGCUCUCAGCCCUCUUCCUCUUUCCACUCUGAAUCUUCUUCUCCCCCUGUCACUCCUUUGAUUCGCCGCCCCUCUCACCAGUCUAGCUCCCAGGCCCGGGAAAUAGUUGCCCAGGAGCCUACUCCUUUGAACCAAUUGCCCGGUCGAUUCAAUCCCAAGGUCCUCAGUUGGGACCAAUGGGAGGAACGACUGGGAUCACUGGGCUUCCUAGCCCUUGAUGUCAGACCGGUUUUCAAAGAGUCUUCUAGGGUCACAAAAAAGGUUCUGGCCGAGGUCCGUACCAUCCUCCCACCGGGCUACAAAGUCCUUUCCAAAACCACCUGGCCCAACAUCAUUGAACCCCACCAGGGAACCCGGUUGGGUUUCCAUGUUGCUUCCCUGGAGGGAGGUAUUAUUUUUCCUCUUCGCCCCUUCCUUAUUGAAAUCUGUAAGAAGUUUCAUGUUUUGCCCGGUCAACUUACUCCAAACGCUCACCGGUUCUUAAAUUGUUUUGUUAAUAUCUGUGAAAAUAUGAAAAUCAACCCUUCCCUUGAGCUUUUCCUCCACAUGUACGAAGUCUUUCCCGGGACUAGUAACUGCCCGGGCUUCGUCUAUUUCCAUUCCCGCAAUAAGAGGGGGUUUGUGACCGGUCUUCCCCCCAGCCAUAAGAGAUGGAAACAAAGAUUCGUUUUUAUUGAGUUUCCAUCUGACCAAUUUCCUUUCACUAACCCUGAGUGGGCUGACCGGGUAAUAAAACCUGAAAGGGUCCACCCGGAGCCUACCCCUGAGCUUGAGGAUGCCUGCGAGAAACUUCUCAAGGGUGAUCCUGUGACCAGUAAGCCAUACGCCUACGGUGGAUGGGUAUACCGGUUACCUAACCCGGAUGGGGAUGUGUCUGCGACCCAUGACGCAGGAGAUGACCGGGCCAAAUCCCCGGAUGGUCAUGCUAAGGGCAGUUCUCCUCAUCCAGACAUGAACUUCACCAGGAUGUCCACUCACUUCGAAGAAAAUGAUGAUGAUGUCCAAGUCCUCCACUCCAACUGGUCUCCCAAUCACAACCCUCCCUCCCCUCCUCAAAACCCUGGGAUGGAAGGGGCUUCAUCUGCCCGGUGCACUCCCCUUGACGAUCUCAUCCGAGAUAAGAAGGUGAAGUCCCCUUCGGCCACCCAUCUCUUCGAGGAUGACCGGGUUGACUCUCUCCAGGCCCAGGUCGAAUCCAAGUCUAAGGAGGCCGGCCAUUCUUCUUCCCGUGCCAAGGGCCACAAAAGGAAAGGGUCCCAAAAGAGCUCCAAGGGGGACAAGAAGAAGAAGUUCAGGCUAUCAGAUAGGGAGGGGGAGUCAAUCGAAGAAACCUUCCUAGCCCUGGCCAAAAAACUCAGCAAGGCCAGGGUCAUUUCAGAAGAGAUUGGCCAAAGUCUUUUGGAGCCAAAAGACCAGGUCUCCCAACUCACCCUCCUCCUUGAUUCUGCCAAGUUGGAGAUCAAUGACCGGGCAGAAAGGGAGAGGAGACUUGAGGAAGAGUUGAAGGAAGAAAGGGCCCGGUUUGCCCUUCUGGAGGAGGAAAGGAAGAGAAAGAUCGCCGAGCUCGAGGAUGCGCUGGGCCAGGCUGAAGAAUCUGCCCGGGCAAAGGAGGAGGCCUUUCCCUUUGAAGCUGCUGACUGGGUUGCGCGCCAUCACACGGAGGUUGCCCGGUCCCUUCUCACUACCCCGGAGGAAACCAUGGACUUUUUCAAAGUCAUGUAUCAAGAGCCGGAGGGGAAGAGGAUGAAAACGGAGAUAGGGUCUUAUGGAUUCCAGUGUGGCCAGAAAGAUGAGAGGUCUCUUCUUUAUGCCAGACUUCUGAAGAGGGAGCCUUCCUUUGACCCGGCAAGAUGAAGCUUGCAGUCCUCUACAAGGAAGAGCCAGCUCCCCCCUUUCCCUUAGAGUAGGUUAGGGUUUGAGUUCAGAAACUUUAAAUU